UCUCUCGCUCCAUCUAUCCCUCCUCUUCUCUCACACUCAGAUUUACUGGACCUAGUUGGCUAUACAGAAUCAAGACUUCAACCAUCCACAGCGCGAAGAGCGGGAUAAACCAGUUUGCUUGGAGCCUGGCCAGUGAGUGGUAGGGCCGAGGGGAGACCAUGUCCAACAAUAUGGCAAAGAUCGCAGAGGCACGCAAGACAGUGGAGCAGCUCAAACUGGAGGUCAACAUCGACAGGAUGAAGGUUUCGAAGGCUGCUGCUGACCUCCUGGCGUUCUGCGAGGCUCAUGCGAAGGAAGACCCCAUGGUGACCUCAGUGCCCUCCUCAGAAAACCCCUUCCGUGAUAAGAAGCUGUUCUGUGCCAUCCUGUAACCCGUCCACAAUAUCAACAACCAUAUUAUUACUAUUAUUAUUUAUUUGGCAGACGCCUUUAUCCAAGGCGACUCGCAGGGCAGUACAGGGUUACAAUGCAAGCUUAAUAUUUAAAUACAGUGUAGUUUACAGCAACUAAGCAAUAGUUGAGUGACCAAUUAUUUGUAUUUAUUUUUCCCCAAUUUGAAAUGUCCAGUUAUACUUUUUCUCCUCACACAGCACAGAUGUUCUUAGGGCGUGUGAGCGUCCUCCGAUCUCACAAGCCUAAAGCCAGAAUCGCUUUUACGCCGAGCAAUCCAGAGCAGAGGUGGGCGGGGCUACCGAUCCAGGAGAUCAGCCCUGCUUUUUAUCCAUUCUGAAUGUCCGCAGUAUCUGGCCAGUAGGGUUCGUUAUUGCGCAAUGAGGAGAAGUGCUGGUUUCCCGUCCCCCACCCAGGAGCAUCAGAGCCAAUGUGACGCCCCCUUUGGAGUCCCCAGCAAAAUUCGCCCUCUUUGCACAGCCUGAAACCAGUGCUUUCCAAGCUGCGUGACUCAUCCUAAGCUCUCAGCGGCAGCGCUUUAACUGAAGGAUCCCUAGAAUCAAGUGUUUUAAAAGGCUGAACAUUUGAUUGAUUGAUUCUUCUUUUUAUAUUUAUAUACAAGGGUUUUUUUUGUAGUUUCAAUAUUCAAUAUUUAGAAAUACUAAAAGAAAUACUCUAUGAAAGGCAUUAUAUAAAGUAAAGAUUGAUUCAAUGACAAACGUUUGAACGACAGUGUCUUUGAAGAUUUUAGUUUCUUUUAGCAUAUCUUAAUUCAGUGCUUUUGAGUGUUUAAUAAUUAUGGAUAGUAUAAACAUUUGAUCAAAAAGAAAUGCUGAUCAUUUAGAAAUAAACAAUAUUUUAGUGUAUAUUUUAGAUAACUGUAUUUGUAUGUUUGAAAAUGCAACACUAUAAAAAGCUCCCACUGAGCUGCUUUUAUAGAAUGCUUUUUAAUAUUGUAUUGCUAGGAAGAUUUGUUGUGUAUUAUAUAGAAAAAGCAAUAAAAAUAAACU